GCCUCGUCGCGUUUGGAUGCCGCAUCGUCCGGCACGCUUUGUUGUUGCCGACGCAGCCGUCGCGUUUGUUAAUAGAAUAUAUGACAUUCUUGAGGAUGUGGUCAGUUGGAGUCCAAUUUGAGGCGGAGCCACCGCUGCCAAGCUUGAUGUUCUGGUCAUCGGCAUCGUGCUUGGAGCCAUAAUCUAGCGGAGGGGGCCGUUCUCAACGACGAUAAAGUCUAUCAUACAAUCUAACUAUCCCAUUCGUGAGGAAGCCAAAAUGUGUGGGGAUAUGUUGGCCAACGUGGCCGGAUGAGCGGCGUCUCAUCGACUACCUCUCAGUGUCAUACAUUCGAUAAGUCAUGCCGCAAUCUGUGUCAUUCGCUAGGGAUUCUCCCAUUUCCAGCAACGCAAUGGAGUGUUCGGUCUAGAUGGCCGGCUGCCAUAGCAAAAUAUAUUGGAAUACUCGCGACGUUUCUAGGCAUCGCCAGACCGACCGUUAUGGUUAAUCUCAAUGUAUAUUCUGCUAGGCGUCUGUUCGAAAGAAAACACCCGAAAAGAGCCGAAGAGCAUAUGCAGUGGUACAAUCCCGCCUGUGAUGCAUCACGCAUUUUGCGGUUGAAGACCAGUACAGGCGGGCUUUCUCUUCACCGGAUGUCCAACAGAGGCAGCCUUCUGAUAUUGACCUACACAAAAGACCGUGUUCCCGUGGGUUUUCAGUCGUUGGUUGUUGAAAGUCUUGAGCUCGCAAUCACGUCCUGCUCAGCGUCGAGGACAUUGGUUGUUUUCGGCCGCCAAAUCCUCUAUCCACGAUCCGGGCAACUUGGCCGAGCGGUCUAAGGCGCCAGACUCAAGUGACGAGGUCCCACCUUCCGAUCUUCCCCCCACGGCGGGGGUGUAUUCUGGUCUCGAAAGAGGCGUGAGUUCGAAUCUCACAGUUGUCAAAGGCUAUUCUUUUUGCUGCAGGUUUGUGCGGCCGUAUCAUGAUUCCCGGGAGAGA